AUGGCUUCGUCGUCAACGGCUGCAACCCUCAAAGACGCCGGAUUUUUCAUCAAAAAUAUUCCGAAUUCGUUCAAUGAGUGGAAUCUUUUCGACAUUUUUGCGGCGUAUGGUCUUGUUGGCUAUUGCAGAAUCGGAGGAAAGUCGACAGAUAAGGAAAGCCAAUUUGGAUUUGUUAAUAUGCUCACUGUGGAUGCCGCCGAUGAAGUUCGCAAGGCAAUGAAAGACCAAAAGCUAACUGGAAAUGGAUUUUGUCUCUACGUAAGCGACGUGAAGGACGGGACCAUGACGAUUCAACCAAUUCACGCAGUGAAGCCCGGAAAUUCAAAGUACCCACCAAUCGUGGUCCCAUCCGGCUACCUGCCGCUCAACAAAGAGCUCAGUGUCGAAAUUGUGGAGCUUCUGCCAAUGAGCACCGUGCCAUCCCACGUGUUCCUCCUGACAAUCCGGCUACUCAAUGAUGAGCAAACGGGCGCCUUGUAUAAAUCGAUGAAUGAGAAGCUGAACACCUCACAGCUCUAUAAGAUAGAUGGAGAAUUGCCGAUCGGAACUGACUGCCUGUGUCGUGUUAGCUCGAAAUCGGUGGCUCGUGCUCGCCGAAUCACCGAAACCGAGCUCUAUCUCAUCGAUGAAGGAAAACGCAUCGCCUAUGAUAAAUCCAAGUGUUUCUCAAUGCCCAAAUAUUUUUCCGCAAUUCCGACAAGGGUUUUCAAUUGCACAUUAGACGGAUUGUUCUGGGUGGCGCGCGCCGUCGACAACUUCCCGAAAAUCCGCCAAGUCGUUAUUCAAUGGGGAUUAAUGGAGAAGGAUCGAAUUCGUGCCAAGACCUUCGGCUUCAAGGGACCAUUGAAUUGCAUCUCGUUGUAUGCCGGAAAUUCUGUUCUCACUGAGAAGCUUGUGACAAAGGGAAUCGCUGAAAGACAGCCUCGCCGUCCGCUCUCCGAGACGUCUUACGAUCGAGACACCAUGCUGAAGCUGAAAUCUUGCGAAGGGAAACCAGAAUUCAAUAAGGAAAUUAUUGAGGAUCUUGUAAAAUCUGUUGAAAAUGUCCAUCUUGCAUAA